AUGGCCCGUACGCUCAUUCUUGAUAUCGGCGAUGUGCUGUGUCACUGGUCUAUCGAAAAUCUCACUGCCAUCUCUCCUCAAAGUCUCCACGCCAUCACCCGAUCGCCAACUUGGAGCGAACUGGAACGCGGCUGUAUUAGCGAGACAGAAGCCAUCCGAGCUAUCAGCAAGGAGCUCUCUCUCGAUCCUGACGCCAUCGAUACCGGGCUUAUGGAAUGCCGCAAGACAUUGCGCGUCGAUCAAGAGCUCACAUUCCAACUCAAAGAGCUCAAAGCUGAGCUAGGUGGCCAUCUCAAGGUUUAUGCCAUGAGCAAUAUUGCCAAGGAACAUUUCGCCUUUGUCAAGACCUUACUAUCCGACUGGGAUCUGUUCGACGGCGAGUUUUUGUCCUUUGAGGUUGGCAUGACGAAACCUGAUCUACAAUUUCACCAGCAUGUUCUGGAUAGCCUCAACUUGAGCGACCCUUCUUCCGCGAUCUUUGUGGACGACAAAGUCGCCAACGUCAAUGCCGCCCGCUCCUUCGGGAUUCAUGGCAUCGUCUUCGACUCUUCGACCGCUCUUAUUCGUCAGUUGCGUAACCUUUUGAUGGAUCCUGUUGCCAGGGCACGCCGCUUCAUGACCGUGAAUGCGCACAAGCACACAUCGUGCAUUCAGGAUGUCGCCCCCGUGAUUUUUGAUCACUUCGCCCAAUUCCUCAUACAAAUUGAGUUGAAUGAUGAUAGCGUCAUCAGUCUCUCACCACCCGGCGCUUCCAACGCUGAUGUCAAAUCGGACAUCCGACAGGCCCGUAGCCAAGCCAAAGCAUGGAACUUCUUCAAUGGCCCACCAGUCGGCACAACGAAAACGUGUAAGUAG